AUGAACGAACCACAACUUAUUGUGUCGCGCUUUACAGAGCUUGUUGAAAGUGGGAAACCUGAUCUCGCCCUCAACUAUUUGAGCCCAGAUAUUAUUUACAAUUCCUGGAUGGGUGUUAUUGAAGGGAAGGAUAAUGUUAUUAAUUUUUUGCGAGAUAACAUACGUUUUUCGCACCAUAGGAGAAAUUAUGAACGUUGGAGAGUUGUGCAGCACUCCCUAGAAGCCUGCCUUUGGGAUGCUGGCGCUAAUCGAAGACCGAUUUUCAACCAUAACGGCUACGAUCCCCAUGGGACUGCCACUUUUGAGCGAAACGGGACACUUUUCGCUCGGCCUGGGGCUCUUUCGGAGCGCAUUUAUGUCAAAGAGACGGUUGUUGUUAAAGAUGGUUUGAUUAUUUUGGUUAACGUGUCGAAGCGGCUCUAA